GAUAACUAGCGCUGUGCGCAACCGUGUUGCGUCCGUGACAAAAAGGCGAACGCUUAACGUUGUACUUGAUUGACUCAUUGCAGCCCAGACUUCGCUUUAGCCAUCUCCCUCUUUGUUGGACCCAUUCAUCUUUAAAACAAUCUCGCUUGCUAUUUCCCGAUUUAGUGACCCAUCGCCAAGUGAGCAUCACCGCCACCCCCCCCCCCCCCUCCAAUCACCAUGAAGCACCGGACAGUGAUGAUGUACACGCAGAUUGGUUGCUUUGUGUCGUGUUUGUUCGGCUGGAUUCUAGUGAGCUCCACCCUGGCCAUAGAGUACUGGACCUGGUCCGAAGUGAGCAACGUGGUGCUCACCACCAGCAACUACUUCUCCAACCUCUGGAAGGACUGUGUCUCGGAUACCACCGGCGUGUCCGACUGUAAAGACUACCCCUCCAUGAUGGCGCUACCAGGGUUCCUCCACGUGGUGAGGGCUCUGUCCAUCUGUUCCGAUCUGGGGUUCUUCGCCGGCGUCCUCACGCUCAUUGGGAUGAAGUGCACCAAGAUCGGGGGUUCAGAGCUCGCCAACGCCCGGGUCACCUUCGCAGGGGGAAUCACGUAUUUGGUGUCUGGAUUCUCUGGCAUGAUUGUCUACUCCUGGUGGGGUAAUUAAAGUACGAUCAGAUUUGUGGAUCCAAAUUUCCGGGCACAGAAAUUUGAACUUGGAGCAGCUGUUUUUAUUGGCUGGGGAGCUCGCUCUUGCUCAUCACGGGUGGAUUCGUACUCAGUUUCUUCUCUGGAAAGAGGGUUUACCCUCAACUUCACAGAAAGCCUCGAGAGACCUUACUCCAUUGCCUUAGCGGGGAGCAGACAGACAUACAUGAGGGCAAAACUUUCCAGAGGGACUCCGGUACCACCGAUGAUCCAAGCGAGCCGAAAAGACAGAGAAGCCGAAACAAGGACAAGUAGAACAUAUAACAGGGAUGCGUUUGUGUGACAGCGAAAGUCGCAAAAAGCUGCAGUAGCCAUAAAGACGGUGCUUCAGAACAGCGGUCGCGGGUUACAAUUUUUCUUUUCUAUCGAUUUUGAUUUAUUAACUAAUAAAAUAGCACUCACUGAAUAGUGCAUCACUGUCUCACCAUCCACAACUGUGUAGGCUUUCCUUUGAAAUUUCUGAACAGAAAUCAGAAAAAAUAUAUAUCGUCAAUAUCUUUAUUGCAUGAGUUUUAUUGCAUGUAUAUAUUUUUUUAUACAAAACACAUUCUCACCAUUGCUUUUGUAAAUACAAAUUUCAUGUAAAAUCUUUGACACAAAAAACCUGGAGUACCUGGAGUUGCAAU